AUGAUGGACCAACUCGAAGUCGAUCACGACUGCAAGCUCAUCCAGGCAAUUCGCGAAUUGCCGUCGACCGAGACAAUCAAUCUUUGCAGGGAGUGGGAGAACACUCCGCCGAAGCAACGAGCCGCAAGACUCCAACGCCUCCACCGGGAUGCCCAUGUUAUCAACAGUCUUACGUUGCCAGGCCACGAUGGCUGGUUUAUGCCGGACUGCAACCAAGGCCAAGUCACCAAUCAACAACAAAGCGUUGAUCCCACGGAUGAUUCAUCUGGCGAGGAUUCGUCUGGCGAAUGA